AUAAAUUCGAAAAUAGUUAAAGGGAGAGCAAGGAAAGAAGGGGGAGAAAAUAGUAUUAACAAAUGGCGUUCCGCGCGCAAAAAUUAAAUAUAUAUACGAGGAGAAGAGGUCUUCAAAGAAUCUUUGGAAGAGAGAGCGCGAGUGGAAAUACCAUUGACUACAAAUUCGGGAGUGAAAACCGAUGUAUUCACUUCUUCAACUAUCAUCGGAAUGAUCAUCGAUCAGAUACUGUCAAGGAAGAAAUCGCCGGAGUCAGGUUGAUCAAUCAUGUUUGCCAAACGAUUGUUGCAAAAGGCCAUUCAUCAUUCUCAGCAUGCUGUACAGCGCGGUAGUUUAACUCCGGAGGACUUGAAACUCAGAGUCACGGUUCACUAUGGCAUCCCAUCAACAGCAUCAAUUCUUGCUUUCGACUCCAUUCAGCGGCUACUGGCCCUUGCAACACUAGAUGGAAGAAUAAAAGUGAUAGGUGGAGGUGGUAUUGAAGGGCUUCUGAUGUCCCCAAACCAAUUGCCUUACAAGUACUUAGAGUUUAUAACAAAUCAAGGUUAUUUAGUUAGUAUCUCCAAUGACAAUGAAAUUCAGGUCUGGAGUCUUGACAGCAGGUCUAUAGCGUGCUGUUUACAGUGGGAAUCAAAUAUAACAGCAUUCUCCAUUGUUGGUGGCUCCCACUUCAUGUAUGUGGGGGAUGAGAAUGGCUUGUUGUCAGUUGUCAAGUUUGAUCCUGAAGAUGAAAAACUUAUGCUCUUGCCAUACCGUAUUUCUGCAACUUCUAUCGGUGAUGUCGCAGGGUUUUCAUUUCCUGAUGAUCAGCCCUCACCCAUCAUUGGAGUUCUCCAACACUCUUCUAUUGGGAAUAGUGUGUUGAUAGCAUAUGCAAAUGGCUUGUUUUUACUUUGGGACGUCUCAAGAGGUCAAGUUCUUUUUGUUGGAGGUGGCAAGGACCUGCAGUUGAACGAUAAACUUGAUGAACCAUCAAGAAGAGUGGAUGAUAAUGUUCCGAUUGAUGCUUUGGAAAAUAGUUUAGCAGAUAAAGAGAUAAGUGCUCUCUGUUGGGCAUCCUCCAACGGAUCAAUUCUCGCUGUGGGAUAUGUAGAUGGAGAUAUUUUAUUCUGGAAAACAUCAAUUACUGCUUCUGGCAGAGGUCAACAAGGUUCGCCGUCAUCUAAAAACAUUGUUAGGUUACAAUUAUCAUCUUCAGAGAAAAGACUUCCUGUUAUUGUCUUGCAUUGGUCUGGAAACAGUAGAGCACCUAACAAUUGUGAUGGACAGUUAUUCAUCUAUGGUGGCGAUGAGAUAGGAUCUGAGGAAGUUUUAACGGUUUUAACCAUUGAGUGGUCCCCUGGAUUGGAGGUCUUGAGAUGUGUUGGUCGUACAGAGCUCAAACUCCAUGGCUCUUUUGCAGAUAUGAUUUUGUUGUCAAGUCCCGGUUCUGCUGGGGAUGAUCCGAAAGUUGAUCUUUUUGUGCUUACAAACCCUGGGAAACUGCACUUUUACGAGAAAACUACGCUGUCUGCAAUAAUAGGUAAGAGUAAGACAGACAGCAAACUACCUGUCUCACCUUUGGAAUUUCCUGCAAUGAUACCCGCAGCAGAACCACCCAUGACAACGUCAAAGUUUAUUAAGUUGCCCAUUGGGGGAUUCUCGACAAAGAUUUUAUCCGAGCUAGCUUCGAUGAAGCUUAGUUCCACGGAAAUUCAAGGUACUAGUGCAAACUGGCCAUUGACUGGAGGAGUGCCCUAUCCGUUACCUACAACAAAAGAUGACAAGGUGGAGAGGGUAUACCUAGCAGGUUAUCAAGAUGGUUCUAUACGCGUUUUGGAUGCAACCCAUCCUGUAUUUUCUUUUAUAUGCCAUUUAAAUGGCGAGUUAGAAGGUAUAAAGGUUGCUGGUUUAAGUGCUCCUGUAUCAAAAUUGGAUUUCUGCUGUGCUACUACUUCUUUAGCUGUUGGCAAUGAAUGUGGUCUGGUUCGGGUUUAUGACCUUAAAGGCGGUGCUGAUGAGAAAAACUUUCACUUUGUUACCGAUUCUAGACGUGAAGUUCACACUCUGCCUCAAGGUAAAGGACCUCAGUGUAGAGCUGUCUUUUCUCUCCUGAAUUCUCCAGUUCAGGCACUGCAGUUUUCUAAAUGUGGAGUUAAACUUGGUGUGGGGUAUGGAAGUGGUCGUAUUGCAGUGCUUGACGUUUCUUCGUCAUCAGUUUUGCUCUUUACAGAGGCUAUAUCUAACUCAAGCUUUCCCAUUAUUACAAUGAUUUGGAAAGAACAUUCUGCUGCAACUCAUGGCCCUUUAGAGAGCCCCAGGCACUCGGGAGCUAAAUCUGCAAUUAAUUAUGCUGAAGAAUUACUGCUUAUCUUAACCAAGGAUGCAAAAAUUAAUGUUUAUGAUGGUAGUGCUGGAAACGUGAUCAAUCCCCGGUCAUGGCAUUUGAAAAAGGAAUCAAUUGCGAUUUCAAUGUAUGUUAUAGAGAGUGGUAUUUCGGUAUCUGGAUCUCCUAAUGAAAAGCAUACCCAGGAGUCAUCCCAAAAUCCUACUACUAAAAGUGAAUCCAAUCCAGGCAGUGGUGCUACUGGAUCAAAUUUGCAUGAAUCCCAACAUCAUUCUUCUGCAGAAGAAACACGAUCCACUGAAAAGUUUCUUGAUUCAUAUGUUCUACUCUGUUGUGAAGAUUCAUUGCGCUUGUACUCAGUCAACUCUAUAAUUCAGGGAAAUAAUAAGCCUACCCGUAAAGUGAAACAGUCAAAAUGUUGUUGGACUACUACUUUUAAAAUCAAAGAAAGAGAUUUUGGAUUGGUAUUGUUGUUUCAAUCUGGUGUUAUUGAAAUAAGAUCUUUGCCAGAUUUAGAGUUGCUGAAAGAAAGCUCUCUUCAAUCGAUUCUAAUGUGGAAUUUUAAGGCGAACAUGGACAAGAUUUCAAGUUCUUCUGAACAAGGGCAGAUCGUUCUGACCAAUGGGGGCGAGGUGGCUUUCCUCUCUGUGUUAUCUAAUGAAAAUGAGUUCAGGAUUCCCGAGUCCUUGCCUAGUUUCCAUGAUAAAGUUCUUGCUGCUGCCGCAGACGCUGCUUUUAGUGUUUCGUACUAUCAGAAGAAAAAUCAGCUUCCAUCUGCGGGGAUAUUAGGUAGCAUUGUCAAAGGCUUUAAAGGCGGGAAAAUGACGCCUACCAUGGAUUUUUGUAGUACACGUGAAUCUUAUUGUGCCCAUUUGGAGAAAAUAUUUUCGAAGACUCCGUUCUCAGAUUCAUCAUCCCCAGCUCUUAAGAAUGCAGAGGAACUCACAAUAGAUGAUAUUGAAAUAGACGAUGAACCACCCGCAGCAGCAUCUACUUCAUCUGAGGAGGUUAAAGAAGAAAAGAGAACCGAAAGGCAAAGAUUGUUUGGAGAUGGGAAUGAUGAUUGGAAGCCUAGAACUAGAACAACUGAAGAAAUUUUAACUACUUACAAAUUUUCUGGGGAUGCUUCUUUGGCUGCCGCACAUGCAAGAAACAAACUCAUGGAGAGACAAGAAAAACUAGAGAAACUGAGUAAGCGAACAGAAGAAUUGCGAAAUGGAGCAGAAGACUUUGCUUCGUUGGCAAAUGAGCUUGUGAAGACCAUGGAAAAGCGAAAAUGGUGGCAUAUAUGAUUUUUAUCAAAUGGUACUUAUUUCUUCACCACUCUUCUUCCCACCUCCACCUUACCAACUACUUAUCCAAGAAUUAGUUUGGCAGAGGGCGGCCCCUCCGUAUGUGGGAAGCUUAUAUCCUUAACCCUCAACUCCGAAUCAAAUUGGUGAUUGUAAUCGUUAAUUUUAUUUUACUAGCGUGUGAAUAACUUUUAUGAUCAUACAUAUAAAUCUUCGAGAGGAGCCCAUUUGACAGGUGACUCUAUGAAGGGUAGAAUGCUCUGGAUGAUAAAGAGAGCUUCCCUCCAUCCGAGACUACGGUAUAAUCCCCAACCAUUUACAUUAUUAUUGUUUAUUCUCUUAAAAUUAUAGGACUUAUUAUCCGAGUGAACUUGUGUAAUAUUUCCCUACAUUAUUUAAUUUUCUUUUUUUAAAAUUUAAACUUAUUUCUUUA